AAGGAGAUAUCACCGACUUUGAUGGAGAAGUGCUCCGUCAUAUGACUGUCAUGUAGUCUAAGAGGGUCAUCUUGGUGCAUGUGGGCAGCAUGAUCACCAUAUGCAAUUUGGAUGAAAGUGGAGCCCGCCGCUGGAAGACUCAGAAGGGAUAUUAUCACCGACUUUGAAGAGGGGAGGUUUUUAAAAAAAACGGGAUUCUGUUAGAGAAGGGAAAAGAAAGAAACAAAGAGAGGAGGCCGAUCUUGAGAGAAGUUUUCGUAUAGGCUUGAGGGGACUGCAUCAUAGAUUCAGCUGGAGGAGAUCAUUGCUAUCGACCAUCAUGGCCAGUUCCGAGUGGAGGAGACUCACACAACAACAGUCUCCAGUAGAAUCAAGAUUUCUGUCUGGCAUCACUAUUCUUUUCGGGUUUUCUGCGCACAUCACAAGAGAUUUUUCUGCAAUUCCAGAUUCUUCAUCUCACCUUGUCUGCAACUGGAAGCCAUCAUACACCUCCAUUGGCAAACUUAAAUUGGACAUCGACAUCACUUCUAAAUAAGGAUCACUGUUAUGGGCAUCAUCUUCUCCACUGUCGAUUGCAAUUGAAAACAAGGAGCAACACCUUCAUUAUCCUCCCGAUUAACAUCUUCAUUAUCCUCCCGAUUACCACCAGUUCACGUCUCCAUGGAGGAGUUGCAGCAGGUUAACUUACCAUCACCAUACCCGAUCAUCGCCAGAUUUUGGAAUUCAUCAUUUUGCAAGACGGGCACGCUUCAGACGGAUGCAGCCAUGAAUUUCAACAGGAGGAUUAGAAGAUGGUAGCCAUGAAUCUCGGUGAGAGAUUUUGAGGAUCGCAACCAUGAAUUUCAGUGGAUGAUUGGAAGAUGUUUUGGGAUUUUCUAAUGGAGAUUAUAGCUUUGAAUUUCGGUGAAUGGGAAGAGAAUCUGAGAAUAGCAGACAUGAAUAUUGUAAUAUCGAAGAUCGGAACACGUUCAGCUAGAUUGAGGUACUGAUCAUGAAUCAUUUUCUUCUUUUGUUGUUGCAUCUCGGUGGGGGAAUUGAGAAGUGACAGCAGCUAGUGGAGAUCGCAUUAGUGGUAGCAGCAUAUGGCAGCAGCAUGUGGAUAAAAUUCAAGUGGAAAAAGUGUUAGUUCCUAGCUGAAAAUUAAUGGAAUUGGAUGGUUGAAUUGUAACCACAUAAUAGACUUUCAUGGUUGCAUUUCGGUGGAGAUCAAUGGUUGCAUAUACAGGGAUUGUUUAUGGCUGCAAAUUUCUUUAAUUUAAGUAGAAAUAUGGCUGAAUUUUAGUAGAUUUGGUGGCUGCAUAUAGGGUGAUGGAAUGGUUGAAAUUCAAGUGAAGUUUUGUGGGUAUUUUCAUGGCUGAAUUGUGCUGAAACUCAAGUGAAAAAACAAAUUGAAGGUGGUUGUAUAUAUAUAUGGUGGUCAUGUAGCUGAGAAAAUGCAUCUAAAUUGAGAGAUUUUCAUGGGCAGAAUUAUGGCUGAUUAGUGCGCAUUUUAAUUGACAGAUUUAUCGAGCAUAAUGUGAACUACAUGUUGGUGUGUGUUUGGGUGGAGAAAUUCAUCGAAGUAAACAAGUUUAUGGAGCAUAAUAUGGAGCUGAAUGUGUGGUUAAAAUUCAAAGGAAAUGUGGCUGAACUCGGUGGCUUUUUGAAGGAUGAGAGCUGGAAUUUCAAUGAAAAUACCUUUUUAGCUUUGGAGGAAGGUUGAGCUACUCAGUAAUGUUGAAUCACAACCACGCCCGCACACAACUGAGAAGAUCCUCCAGAUUCUCAUCCUCUUCUUCACCCACCAACGCCCAAAAUGCUGGUGUUGCAGCGUCUCCGUCAGCCGCCUCAUCUCCGAGUUGCCAGAAAAAGGAUCAAAGCUUGACGUUGAAUUGUAGGGCUUGUGGUGAAGAAGAAAUAUUUUUGAAUGUGGAAGAUAUGAGCUCUGGGCGAUCUCCAGUAAAUGCUACACCACAAAGGGAAUGGCUGAGAAACUUCAAAACCAAAUCAUUACCUUUAUCAUUGCAUGAAAAUGGCAAUGGAGAACCUGUUCCGCUGAAAACUUAUGACCCAAACUUUUCUGGUGGGAAGCACUUGAGAAGAUCCCCAAGGUUUAUUUCAACUCCUUCCGCAACUGGAGAUGGUUUCAGAAAGCGAAAGGUCAAUUCAGGAUCCCCUGAAUUGUCUCCAUCAGUGAUUGAAAAUUCUGUAUCUCUAAGAGCUACUGACCUAAAAAUGUGGGAUGCAAAGCGCUUGAGAAGAUCGCCGAGAUUAUCAUCAUCCAACUCCGUUCAGCUUCAAGAGAGAUUUUUGACAAGUUUAGCAGAAAUGAAAUCUCCUGAACAUGAAAAUUCUGUCUCUUUACAAGCUACUGACCUAAAAGUGGGGGAUGGCAAAUGCUUGAGAAGAUCACCGAGAUUAUCAUCAUGCAACUCCGCUCAGCCUCAAAAGAGAUUUUUGACAAGUUCAGCAGAAAUGAAAUCUCCUGAACUUGAAAAUUCUGUCUCUUUAAGAGCAACUGACCUAAAAGUGUGGGAUGGCCAGUGCUUGAGAAGAUCAACGAAAUUAUCAUCAUCCAACUCUUUUCAGCCUCAAGAGAGAUUUUUGACAAGUUUAGCAGAAAUGAAAUCUCCUGAACAUGAAAAUUCUGUCUCUUUACGAGCUACUGACCUAAAAGUGGGGGAUGGCAAGUGCUUGAGGAGAUCACCGAGAUUAUCAUCAUCCAACUCCGCUCAGCCUCAGGGGAGAUUUCUGACCAGUUCAGCAGAAAUGAAAUCUCCUGAACUUGAAAAUUCUGUCUCUUUAAGUGCUACUGACCUAAAAGUGUGGGAUGGCAAGUGCUUGAGAAGAUCACCGAGAUUAUCAUCAUCCAACUCUGCUCAGCCUCAAGGGAGAUUUCUGACCAGUUCAGCAGAAAUGAAAUCUCCUGAACUUGAAAAUUCUGUCUCUUUAAGCGCUACCGACCUAAAAGUGUGGGAUGGCAAGUGCUUGAGAAGAUCACCGAGAUUAUCAUCAUCCAACUCUGCUCAGCCUCAGGGGAGAUUUCUGACCAGUUCAGCAGAAAUGAAAUCUCCUGAACUUGAAAAUUCUGUCUCCUUACGAGCUACUGACCUAAAAGUGUGGGAUGGCAAGUUCUUGAGAAGAUCACUGAGAUUAUCAUCAUCCCACUCCGUUCAGCCUCAAAAGAGAUUUCUGACAAGUUCAGCAGAAAUGAAAUCUCCUGAAAUUGAAAAUUCUGUCUCUUUAAGCGCUACUGACCUCAAAAUGUGGGAUGGCAACUUCGUUCAGCCUCAACAGAGAUUUCUUACAAGUUCAGCAGAAACAAAAUCCCCUGAAAUUGAAAAUUCUCUCUCCUUAAGAGCUUCUGACUUGAUGUGGGAUGAUAAGUGCUUGAGAACAUCACCAAGAUUAUCAUCAUUCAACCCAUUGCUUCCUCAAAAGAUAUUUCUGACAAGUUCUCAAUCUUCAGAAAGUGGAAAUGAUGCUAAGAUUGUGUCUUUCAGAACAUCUGAUGUGACAGUUAUGGAUGAAAAAUGCUUAAGAAGAUCUCCAAGAUUAUCCUCAUCUCUGGUAGGGCCUGGAAGCAGCAAACCUGUAUUUUCCUGUUCUGAGUCAUCCGAUUCAUUUGAGAAACGGCCUUGUAAGAAGAUUGUGCUGCCUACUUCAGAAAACAGACAUGGACAAUACAAAAGGACAUCUUUCUUUAUUGGAGAUCCAGUUCCUGAUAAAGAAGCUCAAGAAAGGUGGCACUGGCGUUAUGACCUGAAGAAUAAAAGAUUCAAGGGUCAAGGCUUGAAAUUGAAUGCUGAUGAUAAUGAAGAAGAAAUAGUUACUAAUGUUGAAUGCCAUUAUACUCAAGCUAAACUUGAUGGGACAAUAUUCAAUCUUGGAGAUUGUGCGCACAUAAAGGGUGAAGGGGAACAAAAACAUGUUGGCAGAAUCUUAGAGUUUUUUAAAACAACAGAAGGUGAAGAUUAUUUUAGGGUUCAAUGGUUUUAUAGAGCUGAAGAUACAGUUAUGAAAGAAGAAGCUGCUUCCCAUGACAAGAAGCGCAUAUUCUGUUCCACUAUAAUGAAUGAUAAUUCACUAGAUUGUAUUAUUUCUAAAGUCAAUGUUCUAGAACUAACUCCUAGGGUAAGUUUGAAAUUGGACUCUAUUCCACCAUUUGAUUAUUAUUACGAUAUGAAGUACAAUGUGGAAUAUUCAACAUUUCACACCUUGCUAAGUGACAAUUCAGUGAAGGGUUAUGAUUUAGUCUCACCUAAUUGCAUUGAGACUCCCCUUAGUGUAGCCAAUACGACUUUCCCAGAGGAUAUGGAUGGUUGCAAACCUGACAAAGCCGAAUUAGCAUUAUUAGAUCUUUAUUCUGGUUGUGGUGGAAUGUCAACUGGCUUGUGCCUUGGUGCCAAGCUUUCUUGUGUUAAUCUUGUGACGAAGUGGGCCCUUGAUUUUGAUAAAUCAGCUUGUGAGAGUUUGAAAUUAAAUCAUCCAGAAACUCAAGUCAGGAAUGAAACUGCCGAGGAUUUUCUGGAUCUAUUAAAAGAAUGGGAAAUGCUAUGUGAACAGUAUGCACUCAAUCUUGUAGAAAGAAAAUCCCAGUCUAGGUCAAAUGUCUUGAGAACAUCCAAGAGCAAUAUAAAUUCUCCACAUGACAUUAAAGUUGCCACUGAUGAACUUGAAAUUUUGAAACUUGUUGAUAUUUGUUAUGGUGAUCCCAGCGAAACAGGCAAACGUGGGCUGAAAUUUAAGGUGCGCUGGAAGGGUUAUGGUCCAAGUGAAGAUACAUGGGAACCAAUUGAAGGAUUGAGUAAUUGCCAGGAAGGGAUAUACGAUUUUGUAAGAAAUGGACUGAAAUCUAAAAUUUUGCCACGCCCAGGUGAUGUUGAUGUUAUCUGUGGGGGCCCUCCUUGCCAAGGGAUUAGUGGUUAUAAUCGCUUUAGAAAUGUCGAUUCCCCACUUUCUGAUGAAAGAAAUCACCAAAUAGUAAUCUUCAUGGACAUAGUGAAAUUCUUAAAGCCCAAAUAUGUGUUAAUGGAAAAUGUGGUUGACCUAUUAAAGUUGGAUAAAGCUUCUUUGGGAAGAUAUGCCAUUAGCCGUUUGGUGCACAUGAAAUACCAAGCAAGGCUAGGAAUGAUUGCUGCAGGCUGUUAUGGUCUUCCACAAUUUCGGUUGCGUGUUUUCCUGUGGGGUGCUCAUCCUGGUGAGAGUCUACCCCAAUUUCCACUUCCUACGCAUGAUGUUGUUGCAAAAUAUUGGCCUCCAUCUGAGUUUGAGUGCAAUAUUGUUGCUUAUGAUGAAGGCCAACCUCGUGAACUAGAAAAAGCCGUUGUUCUUCGUGAUGCUAUAUCUGAUCUUCCAGCUGUCACAAACUAUGAAACUCGUGAUGAGAUGCUUUAUGGAAAGCCUCCAGAAACAGAGUUUCAAAAAUAUAUAAGGUCAACUAAAGAUGCGAUGGCUGGUUCUUCAUCAAGUGGUAUUACAAAAGGGUACAACUCCAUACUAUAUGACCAUCGGCCUUACCCAUUAAACGAGGAUAAUUAUUUACGGAUUUGUCAAAUUCCUCGAAGGAAGGGAGCAAAUUUCAGGGACCUCUCCGGUGUAAUUGUAGGAACUGAUAAUGUGGCUGUACGGGAUCCAACAAUGAAGCCAAUACUUUUGCCAUCUGGACAUCCACUGGUACCAGAUUGCGUCUUUUCUUAUGAACAAGGGAAGUCUAAAAGGCCAUUUGCAAGAUUAUGGUGGGAUGAGACCGUGCCAACUGUAUUGACAUUUCCAUAUCUUCGCAACCAGGCAAUAUUACAUCCAGAGCAGGACCGUGUCCUCACCAUACGCGAGUGUGCAAGGUUGCAAGGCUUUCCUGAUUAUUAUAGGUUCCGUGGGACAGUUAAAGAGAGAUACUGUCAAAUUGGAAAUGCAGUUGCAUUUCCAGUUGCACGAGCCUUGGGAUAUAUGCUGGGGAUGGCGUUUCAGAAUCAGAGUGGGAAUGAAGCGCUCGCAACUCUUCCACUCAAGUUUUCUCAUUCAAUGGUCUAGGUAACUGAUGGAAUCUUGUCUCCAUUUUUGUUGAAAUCAUCUCUCAUUUCCAGGUCAUGUUGGUAUGGUUGAACUACUGAAGUGAUAAGGCAAAAUAUACUUCCCACCCAUCGUUGUUUUGAUUCCCUUGACUUCAGACUUAAUGGGUGAGUCUGGGCCAUUGGUGCCAAAUGUAUUUUCUUUUCUUUUGGCCUUAAUGCUCCAUUUUGUAUACUUCUCUGUGCUUAAAUUGUGCUCCCAUUUUGUCA